UCCUGCUGUGAAACAAUAGCGUCUUCAGCUCUGACCGGUAAGCUUGAAGCCGAUGUAGAGAUCAAGGCUUCUCCCGAGCAGUUUCACGAUAUGUUCGCCAACAGACCGCACCACAUGCACCAUGCUUGCAGUGACAACUUUCAACUAUCCGAAUUACAUGAGGGCGAAUGGGGGAAGGUCGGCACCAUCCUCACCUGGAGUUAUGUGCAUGAUGGAAAGGCUAAAAAGGCGAAGGAGGUAAUCGAAGCAGUAGACCCAGAUAACAACUCGAUCACUUUCAGAGUGCUGGAGGGAGAUCUAAUGGAAGAGUACAAGAGCUUUGUAUUCAACUUUCAAGUUUCCCCCAAGAGCGAGGGUGGUGGAAGUGUAGUGCACUGGACUUUGGAGUACGAGAAGCUGCACGAUGGGAUUGAGCAUCCAGCGACUUUGCUGGAAUUCACCAAGGACGUGUCCAAUGCCAUCGACGCUCACCUCACCAAACCAAACUAAAGGCAUGUCGGUAUCAUUACUACUACUUGAAGCACUACUUGUCUAAUUAAAGAAUAAAUCCAUACUUCCUUUGCUUCGGUGCCAAAUAUAUGCAUGUUUGGAUC